GAUUGGAACAAACAAAACCUGCGUUUGGUUUAUUUUUCUUAUGCCACAAUCUCGGCCAUAGUUAACACAGAUUCCUACACUACAAAACCUUGUAAUAUAGAGCAACAUAGGGAGACUCAAAGCCACUUCUAGAGCUCUUUAAGGAUGUUGGAAGGAAAAGCUAUGGUGAAAGAAACAGACAUGCCAAUGAAGAUGCAAAUCCGUGCCAUGGCCUCUGCUUCUCAGGCCCUUGAUCACUAUGAUGUUUCUGAUUGCAUCUCUAUUGCUGCCCAUAUCAAGAAGGAAUUUGAUACUGUAUAUGGGAAUGGGUGGCAAUGUGUGGUGGGUUCCAAUUUUGGGUGCUAUUUCACCCAUUCACCAGGGACUUUCAUCUAUUUUGCUCUAGAGACCCUUAAUUUUCUUAUAUAUAAAGGGACCUCUUCUUGA